UACGCACCACAGGCCUCAUUACACACCGAUACCCAAUAUGGCGUCGCCUGGGGGGAAGGGCGACAGCGGGCAGUUUGAUUUUGAAGCCUGGUGUCGCCGUAAAAGAAUCCAUGACAGAAUCGUGGAUUUCCUACGGCGCGAGGAACUGAUGACGCCGAAGCUGCUGUUCCGUCUGACAGACGAAGACAAGGUCAUGCUGUCCGGAGAGAGAGGGGUACAACAGCGUGACAUUGACAGGCUGGAGGUCGCCAUAGAACAGCUGUUCCGCGAAGGGCACAGAAAGUCGUCUGCGGGCUUCUCUCCCACACACCUGUCCGCUUUGGAUAAACUCAGGUCCCAAAGCGAGUCAAGUGAAGCCCGGGGAGCGAUCGCCAAAACCAAAGCCACAACACUCCCAGACAAACAGCAAAACGACAACGGUGAAACAACUGUGACAGCUUUUGACAGAGACAUUGUUGAACGUAGAACUUUUCCUCCUUUAGAUAAAAGAAACAGACAAUCUCUUAGACCAGACCUAACCUCGAAACCAAGUGGUUCGAGUUCAGCCCUUGCCUCGCGCAACAAGUCACCGUGGUCAAGAGAGAGGAUGCCCUCAAACAGCGAGGGUAAAGUUGACAGAAUGCGUGCACUAUUUUCCAAAUCAACAGAAAAUACCGUAUCUUCACGACUCAAAACAUUCGAAGAAUUGAAGAUAUCUCCAACAAAAACACCUGUGACAUCCGGAGAUUUGAACAGACCUGAUAAGAGAUCAUCGUUCGUUCCUCUAAAAGACCAUGUAAGUAAAAGGUUUCCCUAUUUGACGGAUGAGUCGACCAAAAGACAUUCCAUGCCUCUUGAGAGAACAUUUCAACAAACCGAGACGGAAAGAGAAACAUCGGAUAAGUCUCACGCCUCUGUCGGCCUACAGUCUGACAAUCCUAAAUCUCCCUUGUCGUCUAGGCUAGACUUUUCGGUCACUAAGAGCGAGUCAGAUAUACUAAAACCCGAAUCUUCAAUCAUGACAAGUGCAAUACCAGAGGAGCGACAAUCGCCCGUAUACAAGAAUAUAACCUCAGACUGGGUCUACGACUAUCCUACACCUAUGAAAGAUAGAGCAGAUCGUUUCAAGAGGUCAGAGGUAUUUCGAAGGUCACUGCCCCCUAUCCCUACAUCAUCAGGGAAGGAGGACUUCUUGAAGUUAUCUUCAAGACAGGGAGAAGGAAUAGACGAAGAGGAUGACCACCCCACGUUGGAACCCGACGACAUGACGCUAAGCAAGGAACUGGAAACGGAAUGGUUCCAGAGAGCACACUUGCUCCGAAACACAGCUCCGGUGCCUGCGAAAUCACCCGCUACGGCGGCGAGACGGAGAGGUGAACCGCACGGGCUCUCGCUGGUGUCAAAGCCGUUCGACCAUUGGUCGCCAUCCGAAGUGCGGCAGUACUUUGAAGCCGACCCCCAGGAGGACGUUCGCCGCCACGCCAGUCUAUUCGAAGAGAAUGCAGUGAGUGGUUGGGAUUUGGUCUCAAAGGACGACUUAGACAGUUUCCUCAAGAACGACCUGAAGAUCACAAACGCGGGGCACAGAAGGAAGAUCCAGCGGCGAAUCUCCACCCUCCAGCGGCGGCAGGUGCUCCGGCCGGGCGCCGUCCCGUCCCCCGUCGCCGAGCCGAAGAACCUGACGAUCGUCUACAACGACGGCAGGAAGGUGACGGCGACCUGGAAGCCUCCUCGCCAUCGGAUCGACGGCUACAUGGUGACGGUGACGGAGCUGUACGAGCCGUACACGGAACUCGUCAUGAAGAGGCUGAACCAUUACGAGGACACGUCCAUCACCUGCGAGGGGCUGCAGCCCAAGACUCACUACGUCAUCCGCGUGGUGGCGCUCUGCGGGGACGAGGAGAGCGAACCCCUCUCCCAACCCUUCCGCACGAGUGAGGAACUCCACGGCGACUCCUCCCCACGAACCGUCAAGCGGAGCGCCUCCAUCAACAACCAGAGCCACUACAUGACCCCAGCUCCACUCUACCACGUGUAUCAGACGGAGAGGAUACCUAUUCUGGUGAAGAGCGACACUCAAGGACCGCCUACGCUCACCUGGAUGUCUUCAAGUACUCCCACCUGGGACAAGUUUCCUCAGGUCAUCCAGAGCGGGAUCAAGUACCGUCUUACCCCGAAGCAGAGGCAGCUCCAAGAGGCGAUGUUCGAGGUGCUGUCGUCGGAGGAGUCCUUCAUCAAGAGCAUGUACGUCUUGGGGGAGCACUUCUUGAGAAAUCUGGAGAAGAAGAACGUUGCGGGGGGUCAGGCGCUGACCUUGAUCUCCGUCCACGUCGCUCACGUGAUCAACGCCAGCCGGGCCUUCCUGUCCGACCUGCAGGCGCGCUUGCGCGAACAGGCGCCCGUGGUCUCCGACGUGUGUGACAUCAUCCUACGUCACGCCAGCAAGCGGUUCCAGGAGCCCUACGUCACGUACUGCAGGAACAUGCACUACCACUCCAAGGCGCUGAUCGGCCUCAUGGAAGCCGAGAAGUCGUUCUCUGACGACGUCAAGCAGUUAGAAACAGACCCGCAGUGCGGAAACCUCCAGAUGACGGCUUUCUUGCUGACGCCUAUGCAGAGAGUGACGCGUUUCCCUCUUCUUGUCGAGCGAAUCUUGACGUUCAGGGACGUGAAUUCGGUAUACUUUGAGACAGCAGAGCAGGCCUUACAGACGACAAAGGCCCUUGCCGUAAGAUGCAACGAAGCAGCUUACAAGGAACAGCAGGCUAUGGAGCUAGAGGAGCUAGUGGUCAACAAGCUUCGCCUGGCGAAAUGCAAACCGCCGUUUUCACUGCUAGACAAGAGUCGCUGGAUUGUGAAACAGGGUGAGCUGAUCUUGGUGAGAGACAAGGCGACAAACACCCAUCGCUAUGUCAUCCUCUUGUCGGACUGUCUGCUCAUCGCCAAGAAGCUACACAAGAGGGGGAGCGAAGCCACCUACGAACUGGUCAACUACUGCAUGCGCAACAGGCUUGACGUGGAAGAAGUCAACAAGAUCUACGAUGAUUCAGCAAACUCGUCUGAUCGUGCAGAGGGAGGCAGGGGGAGACUGUCAUCAUUCCUGCAGAAUCUGUACUUCUUCAAGCCGAAACCGACCAACAAACUGCGCGUGACUCUACACGAGGACAGCUCCGGGCAGCACCAGGAGAUGGUGUUCUCCCUGAAGACGGAGAGCGAGCUGACGCGGUGGGUGGAGGCGCUGGAGUACAGCGCCGCGGAUCCGCAGGGCGGGAAGGUGUACCCGGACUGGGACUGCCCCAUGACGGUGGUGACGAAGAGCAGGAACGCCGCGCAGCCGGACGAGCUGUCUUUAGAGAAAGGGGACAUCGUGAGGGUGCUGCGGAAGAUGCACGACGGCAUGUGGCACGGGGAGACCAUCCACGACGGCAGGCAGGGCUGGUUCCCGCACAUCUGCGUGGAGGAGGUCAAGGACAGCGACCACUACAAGGCCAAGCAGCUCAGGCAGAAGCACGGAUCAAGUCCGGAAAAAGACGUCAAAGAAUACACAUACGUGGCACUGUUCGACUUGGAGCCUGAGUUCCCGACUGCCCUGCGCUUGCAGAAGGACCAGAAAGUCGAGAUCCUAGAUUUCAGGGACAAUGAAUGGUACCAGGCUCGGCUAUUGGACACCUUAGAGGUCGGACUGGUGCCAGCUGGGUAUGUCGCACCCAUGGACGACCUCCAAAGGGAAGAGUGGUACCUGGGCUCCAUGGACAGGAAAGACGCGGACGCUCUGCUGCGGGCUCGGACCUGUGGUGUAGGGACGUACCUGGUCAGGGAAACACACAACACUAAAGGGUCACACGUGUACACCAUCUCUGUGAAGACCAAGGACAAGGAGGGCCGGGAGGUCAUCCGGCGGUUCAAGGUGGAGAGAACCAAGCACCACAAGCUGCGUGUCUCCAAGGAGCAGGAGUUCGACACCUUACAAGAGCUGAUGGAGGACCUCAUAGAGAAAGGCAGUAUUGCAGGUUGUCCGCUUGACCAGCCUUGUCCCAAGCCCAAACCGCAGAUCAAGGACUUCAAGGGUCGGUGGGAAGUGUCCCGGGACAGGAUCAAGCUGGGCAAGAAGUUAGGGCAGGGGCAGUUCGGAGACGUGGUAGAAGGUUUCUGGAAGGGUGACGCCGACGAGACUGCCGUGAAGGUGGCGGUGAAGACGACUCGUGCCGGAUCCGCCGUGUCGACCUUCCUGCAGGAGGCGGAGAUGAUGAUGCGGCUGUACCACCCCAACCUGGUGCAGCUGUACGGGGUCUGCUCAGAGAAGGACCCGGUCCUGAUCAUCACCGAGUUCAUGGCAAACGGCAGUCUGGAGAAGUACCUGCGGCACGGACAGGGCUGCGGCUUCACGCUCAUGGAACUGGUCAAUAUAGCUGUACAGGUGUCGGACGGCAUGGCCUACCUGGAGGAGAACAACAUCGUGCACCGGGACCUGCGGGCGGCGAACGUGCUGGUGGGGGAGGACAGCGUGUGUAAGGUGGCGGACUUCGGGCUGGCCAGGAUAGACCACUACAAGGCGUCCUCUGCCCAGUUCCCGAUCAGAUGGACGGCUGUCGAGUCCAUCCAGACGCACGAGUUCACGGUGCAGUCCGACGUCUGGUCCUUCGGCAUCCUCAUGGCAGAGAUCCUAAGCAAGGGGAAAGUACCCUACAUGGGCUGGGACAACACCCAGGUUCUACAGAGGGUGCUGCAGGGAUACAGGAUGCCGAGAGAGAGCAGCUGGCCCGAGCACCUGUACCAACUCAUGAGGAGGUGUUGGGACAAGGAACCGGGCAAACGGCCCUCCUUCGGAACUCUGCGCGAGACGCUGAGAGACUUUAUCAACACGAGGGACUAG